AUGUACGUAGCAGGUGACAAUUUUUUACUCGGCAUUUCUGCGAUGGUCCUCGGGGAUCCGGCUUUACGUCGCCUGCAUGAGAAAGCACAAUGUUUAACUGGCACAGUCUUAUAUCAAUAUCAGUUUGAAGUUCAUGUGCAUCGCCUUUGGUAA